ACCUGACUCCCAGGUCUGCUGGUCCUGGGCGGUGUGGCCCAGCGCCCUUCAACCCUGCAGAUGGUCAAAGAGGCGCUGCAGGCCCAAGAUGAGAAGAAGGGUGCCUCUGUCUUCACCAUCAAGCAAUUCAUCCUGGCCAAGUACCCCACCGAGGAUCCUAUCCGGCUCAAGUACCUGCUGAAGCAGGCGCUGAGCAAGGGGCUGAGCUGUGGGGAGCUGGUGCGGCCCCACAACUCCUCUGCUGUGGGGGCCACCAGCACCUUCAUGUUAGCACCCAAGGAGCCACAGCACAGGCAGCAUCUGGGCCAGGCAAAUCCUGACAGAGGAGAGGCCCCGAAGCCAGGACAGGAAGGGACCACCAAGGACCCCUGUGCCCCUGUGGCUGGUGCACAACAACGAGGUACCAUGAAGCAGCAGCUAACAGCCAUGAAGCAGAAGCCAAAAGCAAAGCCCAUGGGUGCCCAGCCACGAGCUGCAGUGAAGCCUGGGAGCGAUGGAGCAAAGCCCCCGAGAGCUGCCAACCAUCCCCAGGCCCCUGGCACGGGGUGUUCAGGGCCCCCGAGAGCUGCCCACUGCUCCCAGGCCCCUGGCACAGGGUGUUCAAGGCCCCCACGAGCUGCUGACCACCCCCAGACACUUGGCAAAGGGUGCUCAAGGCCCUGUGGGGCUGAGGCUGCAGGAAGGAGCAAAAGUGACAGUUCUGUGGGUGCUGGGACAAAGGGGCCCCAAAAGGUCCCUGGGGGAAAGAGCAAGGGGAAGGUGCUCAAGGGGGCACAGCAGGAUCCCCCCAAAGCACAGAGGGGUCAAGGCCAGGCGAGGAAGCCCUGGGUGACCCCAGGAGCCAGGCAGGGGGAAGCCAGACUGCAGAAGGCAGCGUCCCCUGGAGAGGACAGAACGGCUCUGUUGGGGGGCCCAGACAGUCUCGCUUAGCCCUGCUUCAGCUGGCCCCAGGCCCUUGGGGUCUGGGUUGCUUUUAGUCCCCAGGACAGGUUUUAACUCUGUGUUUACCCUCUCCUAAUAAAGCUUCUUUACUCACCUCAUAGUAUGGCCUGACUGCUGCCCUGGUUGUGGGCCCCUGCCCCUGGGCUCUCAUUUCCCAGCCCUGGCUUCAUGCUGCAUGGCAUGGUACUGAGUCGAUACUGCAGGCAGCUGCCUCUCUGCCUGCCCUCAUGGAGAGGUGCCCUGUCUGUCCCCGUGUCCCCAGCUGUGGUGCCAGGGGUAUGCUGGGCUUGGGGGGCUCUGUGUGUGUGCAGGCUGGCAGUGAUGGCCUGGGCAGGGGCCCUGGGACCCAUGGGACACAGCAUGGUGCCACCCCCCAGAAUGGAGAAGCUCAGGCUUGGCUAGUCCUGCUGGUGUGGACUGUGAGGUGUCGAGCCCUCUGCCCUCUUGGCUGCCCUUGUGCUGAUGCCUGGCUGAGCUGGGAUUAUGAGAGUGCCGGGGUGGGAGGUCUGGGUGCAUGCCAUGGUCUCGAGCACUGGGGGGAGCUGCGUGUGCUCUAACUAUAGUAAGAGAAAGAUAGAGGUGUUUUAGGGCUCAAAAAAUGAGUUUGGAGUGCUUCCUGUAGCCCCCAGCAUAGUUUGUGCUCUUGUUAUCUGUCUGUGGCACAGUUCCCAUAUCCAAACCUGUCUUGUGAGCUCCUAUGGGUCAGUGUGUGACACUUUCAUUUAAUAACUUCAAAUGCCUCAAUUUCUCUUGCUCUGCCCAGAGCAGAGCCCUUCUGAAGGUCAGGCUGAUCGUGUAAAGGGUUACAGUCCUCCUGGGUGGGAGAAAAUAAGUGGAAGUAAAACUCUUCCUAAAGAGGAUUUCACUAAUCUGCAGCUGGCCUUGCCAAUGCCCUCCAAGGCUCCUGGCCUUGCUCUGGGGCUUAAGCAAGAGCUGAGCAAACUAACUUCUCUUUAAACUUCAGCCUUUACUAUGUUGAUCCAUCUUUAAGGGAGCUGGAACUCGUGUCCCUCAAGGGACAGGGUGGGGAAUAUGACAGCAGUAACUGAGCUGAGUUCACUGGAUCCUCUGACAGUGGUGGCCUCACAGAGCCCCGCUCGCCCAUGUGGCAAUGUCCCAACAGGGCAAGGAAGGGGCUGUGUCCUCUCUCCUCACCAUCUGCAGUGUGAAACGUGCAGCUCUCUUGCUUUGAGAGAGGCCAAGUCAUUUAAUGGCUGGAUUUAGCUUUACUAAGAAUCAACUUCCUAGCAGGAGAAAAAAAUCCCUCCAGUGUCUGGAAAGUGCAGCUUUUACUGGAGGAGAUGGAAGAGCAUGGAUUUAGCAAUGCCAUGGUUAUUAAGGCCCUUGGGCCAAGCUGGUGUCAGGGUGCUGAAGCUGCAGCCUGGUCUGACAGUGCAGGGAGGUGCUGGCUCCCCAGGACUGGGGGGAGGCACUGUCCUGUGGACUGGGCAACUGGCAGAGGUGAGGGUG